AUGUCUGACACGAAGAACGUCGCGCCAACGCCAACUGAGGGCGACCUCGACCAACAGUCCUCGCAAACGUCGGGUCCUGUCAACGCGGUUCCUUCCCGCGAUCCUACCCCAGCAACGUCGGCUGCUCAACAGAGCGACAACAUUGCCCAUGCCUUGGCCGGCGCAGGUGGGGGCCUGCUUGCCAUGACCUUGACCUACCCCUUGAUCACCCUGUCAACCCGUGCUCAGGUCGAGUCCAAGAGAGCAGACACUUCUACAUUGGCAGCGAUCAAGCAUAUCAUCAAUCGCGAGGGGCUAGGUGGUCUGUACGCGGGGCUCGACAGCGCUCUGUUCGGCAUCUCUGUCACCAACUUCGUCUACUACUACUGGUACGAAUGGACUCGAGCAUUCUUCGAGAAAGCCGCCAUCACGGCCGGCCGCGCAAGCAAGAAGCUCACGACCGUCGAGAGCAUGAUCGCCGGUGCCAUCGCCGGCUCGGCCACGGUCUUGCUGACCAAUCCCAUAUGGGUUGUCAAUACAAGAAUGACUGCUCGAAAGAGUGACUCUAGCGAGGACCAGCUGCCAGGUGGUGAAAAGAGGUCCAGCAAGAAGCAGAGCACAAUCGGAACCUUGAUGAGCCUUGUACGAGACGAGGGUCCGUCCUCCCUCUUCGCUGGGGUCCUCCCGGCUCUGGUCCUCGUGAUCAACCCCAUCUUACAAUAUACUAUCUACGAGCAGCUCAGAAAUAUUAUCGAAAAGCGGAGGAAGGUGGGUCCAAGGGAUGCUUUUUACCUUGGAGCAAUCGGCAAGCUGCUGGCCACCACCAUCACAUACCCGUAUAUCACUGUCAAGUCGAGAGCUCAUGUCGCCACAAAAGAUGACCCACAUGAGGGAAUGUGGAAGAGCUUGAACAAGAUCGUCAAGGACGAGGGUUAUAGUGGGCUGUACAAAGGUAUCGUGCCCAAAGUCAGCCAGAGCGUUUUGACGGCCGCUUUCCUCUUUGCAUUCAAGGAUGUCUUGUACGACUGGACCGUCGCCGCAAGGAGGAAGGCAAAUGCCAUCAAAGCAUAA